AUGACAUGGUUAGGAGCCUUCGAAACGAAUAAAUUACGAUUUGAAAGCGCUAAGAUCACGUUAGUUACUCGAAGUGACACUAGCCAAGCGCCACCCGCAUUGCGGAUGGUAAGUGCGCGUGUCACGCUCUACGAAGUGCUGAACAAGUGCGUGGUUUCCAUGAAUGAAUACUUUUCGCUACCCAUGCGAGAUAAUAAGUAA